CCCAAAAUUAGUGGUGUUCAGUGUUGCGAGAGUUGAAGAUGGAGAUGGAAGGAGGAGAAAAGACGAGAAUUUUUGUUGGAGGAUUGGGGGAGAGCGUGACAAGCGAUGAUCUUCGCAAGGUGUUUGCAUCUUAUGGUGGGAUCGAAGCCUUAGACAUCAUAAGGACCAAAGGCCGCAGCUUUGCCUACUUAGACUUCUCUCCCUCUUCCGACAAAUCUCUUCCCAAGCUCUUCAGCACGUAUAAUGGGUGUGUCUGGAAGGGUGCAAGGCUGCGGCUUGAAAAGGCAAAAGAAGAUUAUCUUACUAGCUUGAAACGAGAGUGGGCUGAAGAUGUUCAAGUGGAAGUUGACAAAUCUACCAACGCCAUUGAUGGAGAUAAGAAUACAAACUUUGGGGAAAAACUCAGGAAAUGUCCAGAGUUGGAAAAGAAACAGCUUCACUUUUUCUUCCCUAAACUGGGAAAGGUGAAAUCACUUCCCUUCAGCGGAACUGGAAAGCACAAAUACAGUUUCAAGCGUGUUGAAGUUCCUUCUCUCCCAAUGUAUUUCUGUGAUUGUGAGGAACAUUCUGGUAUUCCUCAGUCUGCUGAAGAAAGACGAAAUUCUGAGCUGGAUGUGCACAGCGGGGUGUUGAAUGAGGAAGAGCUUAAUAUUAUGGACUCCGUGAUGGACAAGCUAUUCGCAAGAGAAAGUCUUAAAAAGAAUGUGCUUAGUGGGAAUGAACUGAUCGAUCAGGGAGAGCAUUCCGUCAAAAUGAAUGGUGCUCAGAGACUUGAUGAUAACGAAGUGUACAGUUCUGCAGAGGAUGAUAAUCUCAUCCUUAAUGUAGUGAUGAGGGCAGCUAACAGAGUGGGUUCAUCGGAUAGUCAGAAACAAGAAACAUUCUUGGAUAAUCAGAAAGCAAGAUUCAAUAAGAAGCGACACUCAAAAGAUGAUCCUACUCAUAAUGAGCAUAAAAUACAGAAACGAAGAACUUUACCCGCUAAUAAGGAGAGGAAAUCCCUUCACAAAGAAAUUGAUGGAGAUCAAUAUACAUGUGCAAUUCCUGGAGGCAAGUCAAAUUUGCUAACUCAAACGAAUGGUUCAUUGAAACUGUUGAACACUUCUCCGACUGAGAAGAGAAUAUCAUCUCUUCAUGAAAAAGCAGAUAAAUUUGGGUCUACUGUUUUGGAAGAGGAGGAGAAUUUGCAAAAUCACUCAAGUGGCUCAAAAGAAAUAAUGGAGGCUCAACCUGUGGAGCAUCAAUCAGGUGUCAAAUCAUCUACCAAUCUAUCAUGGUCUGAAAAUCAUUCAGUUAGUGAUGGGGGCAAAAGUGCUUUCAGCGUCUCACAUUUAUUGCCUGGCAAUUCUUCUUUAAAUGAAAAGCAGCUCAUAUCCGACGACAUUCUCUACUCCACUGAGAAGCAGAUCUUGGAAAGGAAUGAAAAGCCGCAACUUCAAUCAGAGAACAGAGAAGUGGAGGACCUAGGCCAAACAGGAAAAUUAGUGGCAGUGAAGGGGCUCGCAGAUACUCAGACUUCCCAACCUAGCGCUGAAUGGAAUAAGUCAGGCAGGGGUGCUGCAUGGUGCAACAAAAAGUCAUGGACACAAUUGAUUGGUGAGAGUAAGAGCAGUUCAUUCAGUAUCACACAACUUGUGCCUGCUAUUACUUUCACGAAACAAGAGCCAAAAACACUUGGCAAUAUGGGUGCUGUAAACUCUAAUGGUAGCACAGCUAGCAAUUUAGCAAAUGAGGAUACAAAUGAACAUGCCAGAAAGGGGUCUAUUGCUCCUGCAGUUGUGAAAGAAGGUGAUGAUGUAACAAGCACUUUGGUAAAAGAUCAGCGGGUUCCUGCACAUGAAAAUAAGGCUUCUGCCUCAAAAGUAGGGAAACCACACAACUUUGUGCCAAAGCAAACAUCUGCCGUAGAUGUUAGCAUUGGCGAAACUUGCUUGUUUAUGAGGAGUGAUGCUUCCUUAAAAGAGUGGGCAAAAGCUAAAGCAGCAAUAAGUGGGUCACGCAAGAGGAGAGGUAAUAACAAGUAGUUCCCUUUAGUCAUGAACAAUGCAUUGAAAUAGGGAUGUCUACUUUGUUCAAUAAUGGAGUCUAAUGCUGUAAAUGCAGCAUUAAUAGCUUAAACUUAAUGCUGCUUUGGAUCUCCGUUUGUUUUUCGUUUGUUCCACCUCAGGCUACUUCUUCUUUUCACACAGAGUUGGUUAUAUGGUAUUUAAUGCGAAAUGUGUUUCAGAAGUUUGGUUUAA